CGUGACGUCAGUUCCUCGCUCUGAACUUCAGCAUAGAUUCUGCUUAUCAAUAACAGCUCAUCUUCAACUUUUGUAACGUUGCGCAGUUUUCCAGCUUUCCCCGUGUAGAUUACCGCAGCUCCGUGCUCUCCGUUGUGAUGGCUGUGGACUGGCUGGGGUUCGCUUAUGCUGCUGCUCUGCUCUUCGGAGGUUUUUUGGGAUAUAAAAGAAAAGGCAGUGUGGUGUCAUUAAUCGCCGGCCUCUUCUUCGGAACUGCGUCUGCUUAUGGAGCUCUGCGAAUAACACUCGAUCCGCAGAAUUACGGGAUCUCUCUGCUCUCUGCUGGUGUUCUGGCCGCUGUGAUGGGAAUGAGAUUCAGGAAAUCGGGGAAGUUAAUGCCUGCAGGAAUCAUGGCAGGACUGAGUCUCCUGAUGGUCAUCCGGAUCCUGAUCUUCUAGAGCUGAUGGACAGACUCACACCCGUUGCUAUUUCCAGUGCCAUCUUGUACAUUCCUAAUAAAUGUCUUCAUUUUA